AUGCCAGUAACCAAUUUCACAAACGAAUUAAACAAAUUUGCACCAAAAGGCACAAAAUUUGAUUCGGAAGAUGAUUUUUAUGUCAAGUUUCAAAACUCCACUCAAUAUAAAAUUGCAACUGAUAUGUUAAAGCGUGCCACAACACCCUUAUCAUUUGGUUUGUUAAAAAAAGGCUUGGAUUUUCAAGAUAUUGUAGUAAACAACACUGCCAAUGAUCAAUUGUUUUAUUUGGAAACUAGUUUAAACCCUUAUCGGCCGGGAUCAAGUCAUAUGAGUCAAGCAUUGUAUUUGAAAAGCAUCGAAUUUCUAAUGAAUUUUCAAAAAACUCCAGGUAAAACGUUAAAAGACGCAAUUAAAGAUGGUGGAAGUUAUGUCGGAGGUGCAAUCGGACCUAAACUUAAUAUUUUUUAG